AUGGUGGAAGGACCCGGCUGUACCCUAAAUGGAGAGAAAAUUCGCGCUCGGGUGCUCCCGGGUCAAGCAGUGAUGGGCGUGCGGGGAAGCGCUCUGCAGAGCCUGGCGGGGCCCGCGGCGCCUCCUGCAGCCCCAGCUGCUGAAGCUUCUGCCCAGGGUACUCCACUGCAUAAUAAUAACGAUCCUAGUCAAAAUUUCCUGAGACUGUUUCAUGGAUGUGUUUUCAAUGGCGUGGAAACUUUGGGAAAGGAGCUCUUCAUGUACUUUGGACCAAAAGCUUUACGGAUUCAUUUUGGAAUGAACGGCUCCAUGAUGAUUAAUCCUCAUGGAUCUAAAAAUAAGAACAGAAAUUUUCCCGUUUUAGAAAUGCAACUCUCCAAAGACUUAAUUUGUUUCUUUGACUCAACGAUAGAACUCAGGAACUCAGCAGAAAGCCAACAGAGAAUAAGAAUGAUGGAAGAAUUAGAUGUCUGUUCACCUAAAUUUAGCUUCUCCAGAGCAGAAAGCAAAGUGAAGGAGCAGAAAGGCCGGAUGCUCUGUGAUGUGCUGAUGGAUCAGAGAGUGUUGCCAGGGGUAGGAAACAUCAUCAAAAAUGAGGCUCUCUCGGACUCUGGUCUCCACCCUGCUGUUCAAGUUUGUCAGUUAACAGAUGAACAGAUUCAUCACCUUGUGAAAAUGACACGUGAUUUCAGCAUUCUUUUUUACAGGUGCCGUAAAGUUGGAUCUAACAUCUCUAAAUAUUAUAAGGUUUAUAAGCGUCCUAACUGUGGUUGGUGCUCUAGAAAAAUAACCGUGUGUCGUUUAGGAGAAAAUAACAGAAUGACAUAUUUCUGUCCCCAUUGUCAAAAAGAAAAUUCUCAACAUGCUAACAUAUGCCAGCUGCCAACUAGGACCACUAUUAUCAAUGGGACAUUUAACAGAAGGGAUCAGUUCCAGGAAGACUGUGUGGCUCAGAGAUCUGAAGAAUACUGGACGUGUGUGGCCUGCACACUAAUAAACACCCCUUCUUCUAGAACAUGCGAUGCUUGCCUGACAUGCAGGCCUAUUGAUUCAAUACUCAAGAAUGAAGAAAACUCUGUUCCUUUUUCUAAUUUAAUAAAGUAUCCUAGUAAUAACUUUGGAAAACCAAGUACAGAAGUGAAAAUCAACAGGAGAACUGCAUUUGGAACCACGACCCUAGUGUUAACCGAUUUUAGCAAUAAAUCCAAUACACUGGAAAGAAAAAAGAGCCAAAACACUAGGCUGAAUGCAGAAUGUCAGUCUUCUUGUAUUAAUGCUGGUUUAUGUGACCUGCCACUCACCUCCAAGGAGAGAACAAGCUCUAGAACUCAACUAUCUAACAAAGUAAAUGCAUCACCCAUAGUUUGCUUUCAGUCUAAAUCACUUAAUCCAGCAUAUAAAAGAUUGAAAACAACCCAUGACUCUUCUCCAGAUCUCCCCAGCUCUUACUCUGGACAUUCUCAAAGUGAACUUCAAGCGACUGUGACAGAUGGUCCUUGUACAUUAAAUGCCGGCACUCCGCGCUGCAGUAAACAUAACCGCCUCUGUGUUCUCCGUGUUGUGAAAAAGGAUGGAGAAAACAAGGGCAGGCAGUUUUAUGCCUGUCCUCUACCUGGAGAAGCACAGUGUGGAUUUUUUAAAUGGGCAGAUUUGUCCUUCCCAUUCUGCAACCAUGGCAAACGCUCCAUCAUGAGAACCGUGUUGAAGAUUGGACCUAAUAAUGGAAGGAAAUUCUUUGUGUGUCCCCUUGGAAGGGAAAAACAGUGUAAUUUUUUCCAGUGGGCAGAGAAUAGGCCAGGAAUCAAAAUUCUUCCAGGAUGCUAA